AUGACGAUUAAAGAAGUAAAACCUGUGUCAGACAAAAUUGAAAUUACAUGGACAGAAGAAGGCCCAUCCACCUCGACUUAUCACAACAUUUGGUUACGUGAUAAUUGUCAUUGUUCGGAAUGUUAUUACCCAUUAACAAAACAACGAUUGCUCAAUUCAGCAACUAUUGACCUAGGAAUCAAGGCCAAACUGAUUACCCACGACGGUGAUACGGUCAGCAUCGUAUGGAAUACUGAUCAUAAAUCUCAAUAUGAUGCCCAUUGGUUACGAAUCCAUUCAUAUGAUCCUCGAUUAAUUCCAUUGGAUGAUAAGUUGUUGGGCGUCAAGACGAAAUUAGCACAAAAGUUGUGGCAAGUUAAGGAUAUCGAACUGAACUUACCUCGUGUGGACUACAAUGCUGUCAUGAAAUCAUCUGAUAGAACUGAUAAUGAACAAGCUAUUAAGGAUUGGUGUUUGAACAUCUGGCAAUUUGGUUUCUGCUUAAUUGAUAAUGUCCCAGUAACUCCCGAAGAUACUGAAAAACUAUGUGAACAAUUGAAUUACAUUCGACCAACUCAUUAUGGUGGGUUUUGGGACUUCACUUCUGAUUUAGCUAAAGCUGAUACAGCAUAUACUAAUUUCGAUAUUAGUAAUCAUACUGAUGGAACUUAUUGGCUGAACUCGCCUGGUUUACAAUUGUUUCAUUUGUUGUAUCAUGAUGGUACUGGUGGUACCACUUCAUUAGUUGAUACUUUUAAAUGUGCUGAGAUUAUGAAGGAAAAGUUCCCCCAGAGUUAUGAAAUCUUUACGAGAGUUCCCGUACCCGCUCAUUCUGCAGGUGAAGAAAAGGUUUGUAUACAACCAGAUAUACCACAACCAAUCUUCAAAUUAGACAAUCAGGGCAAACUUAUUCAAGUUCGCUGGAAUCAAAGUGACCGAUCAACAAUGGAUUCAUGGAAUGAUCCAAAUGAUGUAGUCAAGUUCUAUCAAGCUAUUAAAGAUUGGGUCCUGAUUAUAACUAAGCCAGAAAAUGAGCUUUGGUAUCAAAUGAAACCUGGUCAAUGUUUAAUUUUCGAUAAUUGGCGUGUCUUGCAUUCACGUAGUGAAUUUACUGGGAAAAGAAGAUUAUGUGGGGCAUAUUUUGAAAGAGAUGAUUUUGUAUCUAGAUUGAAAUUGUUGACAUUGGGACGAGAGGCAGUAUUGGACGCUAUUUGA